CAUGCCAUGAAAAUUAAAAUGACACAGAAAUCCCCAGAAUCACCUUUCCUGCCGCUGCCAUGGUCAAGCUUCCCAAUUCCCUCUCUUCGAAGCGGCUUCUCAAGCUCCUCAAAGCCGAGAAGAAUACUACAUCAGCACUGUCCCUGUUCGACUCGGCGAUGCGCCACCCGGGUUACACCAACUCUCCUUAUGUAUUCCACCACAUGCUUCGUCGACUCGCAGAUUCAGGGCUUGUUGUCCAUGUUGAUAGGAUCGUCGAACACAUUGAAACCCAGAAAUGCCAAUGCACAGAAGAUGUUGCUUUAACAGUGAUCAAAGCAUAUGUGAAGAGCAAAAUGGCAGAUAAAGCUUUAGAUACAUUUCAACGGAUGGAGGAGAUUUUUGGUUGCAAGCCUGGCAUAAGAUCGUAUAAUUCUUUGCUUAAUGCUUUUAUUGAGUUAAAUCAGUGGGAGAGGGCUGAGUCUUUUUUUGCUUAUUUUGAAACUAUGGGUGUAUUGCCAAGUUUAUAUACUUAUAAUAUUUUGCUCAAGAUAUCGUGUAAGAAGAAUCAAUUUAAAAAGGCAAGAGUAUUGUUGGAUAGUAUGUGGAAUAAGGAUAUAAUGCCGGAUGUAUAUAGUUACAGCACCGUUAUUAAUGGGAUGGUGAAAGGGGGGGAUCUCUCAGGGGCACUGGAGGUGUUUGAUGAAAUGUUCACAAGAGGUGUGAUUCCUGAUGUGACGUGUUACAACAUAAUGAUUGAUGGGUUUCUAAAGAAAGGGAACUAUGCCAACGCUAUGGAUAUUUGGCAGAGGUUAAUGAAGGGGUCUUCGGUCUGUCCAAAUGUGGUUACUUAUAAUAUCAUGAUUAAUGGGUUAUGCAAGUGUGGGAGGUUUGAAGAGAGUUUGCAGAUAUGGGAGAUGAUGAACAAAAAUGAGCGUGAAAAGGAUGUGUAUACUUAUAGCAGUUUGAUACAUGGUUUAUGUGAAGCAGGGAAUAUUGAUGGUGCUGUGAAAGUUUAUAGAGAGAUGGUUGAAAGUGGUUUGGUGGUUGAUGUGGUUUCUUAUAAUGCAAUGCUUAAUGGAUUUUGCCGAGCAGGGAAAAUAAAGGAGAGUUUUGAGUUGUGGGUGGUAAUGGGAAAGGAGAAUUGUCGGAAUGUUGUUAGUUAUAACAUUUUCAUCAAAGGGUUAUUUGACAAUGGAAAGGUGGAAGAAGCACUUUCUGUUUGGGAACUCUUACGUAAGAAGGGCUGUGGGUCUAAUUCCACAACUCAUGGUAUUGUAAUUCAUGGUCUCUGCAAGAAUGGACGUUUGAAUAAGGCUUUAAAGAUAUUAAAGGAGGCUGAAGAUGGAGGAGCUGAGCUGGAUGCUUUUGCAUACUCUUCAAUGGUUGAUGGAUUGUGCAAACAAGGGAGAAUAGAGGAAGCAACCAGCAUAGUCAUUCAGAUGGAUAAGGAUGGUUAUAAGCUGUAUCCUCAUGUUUGUAAUCCCUUGAUCAAUGGGCUUAUUCAAGCUUCCAAACUUCAGGAGGCAAUAUGUUUUUUUAGGGAAAUGGAACUUAAGGGUUUCUCUCCUACUAUUGUCUCCUAUAACACAAUUAUAAAUGGUCUAUGCAAAGCAGAAAAAUUCAGCGAGGCAUAUGUUUUCGUUAAGGAGAUGCUAAAGAAAGAAUGGAAACCAGACAUGGUCACGUAUAGCUUGCUGAUGGAUGGCCUUUGUCAAGGAAAGAAGAUUGAUGAGGCUAUCAACUUGUGGCACCAGGCUCUUGACAGAGGUUUUAAGCCUGAUGUAACUAUGCACAACAUUUUGUUGCAUGGGCUUUGCUUGGUAGGCAAAAUUGAAGAGGCUUUCCAGCUUUAUUCAGAUAUGAAGAUGUUAAACUGUGUUCCAAAUCUUGUGACACACAAUACCCUCAUGGAGGGGCUUUACAAAGUCAGAGACUGUGAGAAAGCAUUAGAGAUUUGGGAUUGCAUUUUGGGAGAUGGUUUACAGCCAGAUAUCAUCUCCUAUAAUGUUACUCUUAAGGGACUUUGUUCCUGCGGUAGAAUAUCAGAUGCCAUUGGGUUUUUGAAUGAUGCUUUGACUCGGGGAAUACUUCCAACUGCUGUUACAUGGGACAUCCUUGUUAGGGCUGCAGUUAAUUUUGGGACUUCCUGAACCUUGAUAUUUUAGGGUUUCAUUUAUCUUGGAAGAUUGUGCAACUUUAUGCGGACAAGGUUAUCUCAGGUCUUUUGCUUACUAUCAUUUGUACUGGUUUAAGAAGAUCCCUAAGAAAUAUGGAUUCAGGUAAAAGGAAGGAACUAGUCCUGAUGGAAGCGUAGUGGAUGUUAAAAACAUGUGUUCACACUCUGGAUACCACUUUGAACUUUGGCAUGCUGAACUAAGUGAUCAAACCCACUAAAAUUGCUCCGAGAUUUGCAACUUUCCGCCAUUCAGAGCACGAAUAAAUGAAAGAAUCAGCAAAAGCGAUGACUACCACUGCCAUUAGAGCAAGAUUCUUCAGAAGCUUGCAUCUGGCUUUCCAUAUUCUGCAUUAUCUGCUAAUAAAGAAGAAGAAUAUGUGGACUAUCAAGAGAAUUUGCAUCUCUGUGCACUAUAUGAUUGUUGUUGACGAUAAAGGAAUGCAACAGACCCUGGCACCAGCUUCGUCAAGUCCCUCGAAAAGGGCUUGCUGUAGGCAUGAAGGAGCAGCUAAUGGCUCUGAGGGUGACCAUCUGCUUCUGUUCACUGAGAAUGAAAAAGAUGGAGAGUGUUGCAAUAACCGAGCAUGGUCCUAUUCAAAAGUCGCCUUUGUCUUUUUCGAGCAAGGGCAACUCUCCCUUCCUUGCCCGAGUGUGGACUUGCCCUCCUCCCCUUCCGAGUAAGGUGGUGAUGGCUCCAAAUCGAUGGUUUUGAUGGUAUAUAUGGAGUAUUAAAAGGGUGAUGAAUGAUGUCUCUUUCUCUUUACUCCUACUGUUUUUUUCAGUGGCUAUCUCUCCUAAUCCCAGCAGAAGGGUUGACAAAAUUGAAAAAGUCAUGCUUCACUUUUGGUGAUGGCUAAGUCUUUUCACCACUUUUUCAUAUGGGAGUUUGCAUGUGCUUCAAAUUCCUUCAUUUUUCUCGUAUGAAAAACAAAAAAAGUUGAUGACCCAUAUGAGGGAAGUGAGGUAGUUGAUACAAAGGAUGGUUCUCUCUAUGCAAUAGUCCCUUUGGUCGGCUUGAAUUUAUCU